GUGCAACGCCGAACGUUCAAGUUCAUUUGUGGCCAUCUUUAGUCACCGCCUCACUCGUACUGCCUCACUCGUGUGCGCUAUCCAUGACAGUUGAUUUCGAAUGGCCCAAGACAAUACCAGAAUGGCGUAACAGAUGUUGGGAACCUGAGGGCAGUCGACCAUACGACCUCUGGAAACCUGAGCCACUCCAGAAUUUCUUUCAAGAACAUGGUUACACAUUGUGGAUAUCAAUGUAUGAACAGGGCUUGGGAGAUAAUGUAGAACUUCUUCCACCGAACGGCGAACCUCGUCGACCUGAUGGUUUCACCUUUUUGACGCGUUAUCAAUGUGAGCCCGGCAUCGUGAUUUAUAAAUCGAACUUUUCCCACGUCAAUAACAUCCACUGUCCGGCGCGCACCAUUCAUAAUCAGGAUGUUCUCAUUCGUCUAGUCAGUAUUGACGGCGAUGUCACAGCGGACGAGCACUAUGAAGCCAUCCAAAGACUCUCCGCAGGACAGUCUGCUUUUCGGGGAGAUAACUACACGCUUCCUCUCUUGAACGAACUUGAAUUCAAUGGACUUAAAUUCGUCGUUUUCCCUCUGCUUUCCCUCGGCGCCGCGUACAUGCCAUGGUUCUACAACGUAGCCGAGAUACUGGAUUAUUUGAUGCAGGUAUUCAAGGGCGUCAAGUUCUGUCAUGACAACUUGAUUGCACAUCUCGAUCUUGAUAGCGAUAAUAUUCUUUAUAACUUUGCAGGAGCUAGAAUGCAGCCUAAUGAGGUUGUAGAAUCAAAUGUUACUGGGCCAUUUCGAUCUCACUUCCCUAUUCGAUAUUAUAUUACGGACUUCGAAAUGGCCGUCUGCUUCGAUAAAGACUCUGAUCCUGCGAGCAGGAAAAUCACCGGCCUACCCAAUGACCGUGUGGGUAGAGCAGGGGAAUAUGAUAGAGAGUAUGCUCCGGAAAUGCUUCUUAGCGAACCCUAUUGCCCCUUCAAGGUCGACGUAUGGUAUUUGGGUCGAAUGCUUAACAUCGACAUGGACACAGAAGUCAAAGGUUUCAUAGAGACGCAUCUCAAGGCCUUACACGAAGAUUUUUCAUUUGAUGACGUGUUCGGAAAGUACUUUGCCCAGGAUAUCAUCCAGAGUGAACAAAUUAUGCAAGCGUUCGAUGAGGUGCGUAGUACUACCACUGUACAGCUGUCUUUUACAUGAAGAUAAUUUCAGUACAUAGACAAGAUCAACGAGGUGAACGGAUCGUUCCCGAAGGCAACUUUGCGAAU